AUGUAAACAACAAUUAUUAAAGUAAAAAUUAGUUGUUUAUGAUGGUACUUUUUUCUUUUAAUCAUAUAAUAUUGAUAUUCAUUAUUAGUCUAUUACUUCUAUUGGAAAGAAUAAAUGGUAAAUCUUUAGAUGGAUCAGAAAUUUUAAGGCGACGAAAACGAGAAGAUGGCGAAGGACCAGAAGUAAUAAAAAUAAAAAUACAUGUUGAUGGUAAAGAAGAAGAUGAAAUUGAAGUAUCAAAAUUAAAAGAAAAUUAUAUUGCUAACGAGAAUUUAAAAGUAUGGACAUUUGAUACAAAUGCCAGCAACUCACAAACUAAAUCAAAAAUAAAACAAAAAAAUGAUGUACAAGAAGAAAUAGGAAAAUGGGACAUGUAUCAAAACAAAACUUUGAGAUCUGCAGUUGUAUAUUUCCGAAAAUUAAAAUUAUUAGGCGGAAUAGUUGGUAAGAAAAAGUAUAUAAUUAAUUUUGUUAAUUAUGAAGGAAGUAAUGAAGUCACAGUGACUGAUCCACCUCAUGAGGCUUCAACUCGAAGCAAAAGAGAAAGUAAAGACACUUUUGAACGUCUAGCUGACUCUUUUCCAGAUAUGCAGAGAAUUAGUAGAUCUAUUAAUAAUACAACAAUUACUCCAAAAAUUGAAUUUUAUUUAGAAUCAUUAGUUGUCGUCAGUGGGAGUUUAACUAACAGUUUUUCUUCAACCAUCGAUGCAGAAUCGUUGAAAUAUAAACAUUAUGUCAUGCAUGUAUUAGUAUUCUUUAAUCUAAUUAACGUGAAAUUUCCAAAAACUUUUAAAAUCAAUGUUGCUGGAAUAUUAUUGAAAGAAAAAUCCGAUGAUCUGCCUUUCUUUGAAGCUAAAAAUUCUUUAGACAAAGUAAAAAAUCAAAUUAAAGUCAUAUCUGCUCGAGAAGCAUUAGAGAACUUUCUAAAACAAUGUGAACCUCAAAUAAACAGUGAUGUUUAUGACUAUGCUAUUCAUUUAACUGACUAUACUUUGCAUAGUGAAUAUACAGAUAAAAAUAUAAACGCAUUUCUAAGUUACCCGACUCAAGGAAUUUAUGCAGCAAGACAAGCUAAAUCUCCUAGCUCUCAUCCAUUAAUUAUUACAUCAAGUAGCUUCACAUAUGCGUCUGUUUCUCAUGCAGCUCAUCAAAUCUAUCAUGUAAUCGGAGGAUGGAAUUACGUGGAUGUAUCACACAACAACAUGAGUUUUAGAGUGAUUACUGAUGAUAUUCAUGAUUAUCAGUGCUAUUUUAAAUGGAAUAAAGAUUGGUGUGCUUUUGUUAAUGAGCCACAUUCAUUGGGGUCUACUCCAAGGAAAUUGCUCACUUUAGAUGAGCAUUGUUGGUGUAGUAAUUAUGCAUAUCGAUAUCACAAUAUCACUAAUACAACAGCUAUAGAUAUUUGUGCUGAUGGUUUUCAAUGUCUAAACAUAAAUAACAAUACCACAAUGAAAGUAACAAUGGUGAUGAAUGGAACACCUUGUGGAGAAGAGAAGGUGUGUUGGAAUAAUGUUUGUGUGCCGAAAGCUUAAUCGUUUUCUUGCAUGAAUUUAUUAUUUGAUAAAAUGUAUUAUUUUUAAUAAAAACAUAUUACUGUUCAAUAUAAUCUAGAUGAUGCAAUAAAAAUAUUGAUAAAG